UCAUCUUCGGAGAACGGCCACCCGCGUGUCAACCGCGUCUUCCAGCUCGAGCUCUGCCUAUUUCUAGGCUCUUCCAUCAAAGCAUUCUUCUCAGCAAAACAAAAUUUCUCUCUCCUCUCUCUCUCUCUCUAAAAGAUUUGAGAGCUCUGAACAUCUCUCGCUCUUGCUCUCUCUCUCUCUCUCUCUCUCUCUCUCGAAGAGCUGUUGACAGCUUGGCAAGGUUUAACUUUGAAAACGGAUUCCAGAAGGGUCUUGUUUGAAAUCAAAUCUCUCUUUCAAUCACUCUGGCCGCUCCUGAGGCACCAUCUCCUCGCACCUUGAGAAAGGUGUGGGCUCUAGAGGAUUCUCUCUUCCCUCUUUGCUCAUCCAUUCAAAUCCCCUCUACCCUUCUCCUUCGUUACUUUCGUGCGAUUGAAGGUUCUCCUAUUGACAACGGCUAACCAUUACUUCGUAAUUUGACGAUCUCAUCUCUGCAUAGAAUUGGAGUCUUUAUUUUUCAUUUGCUGUAAAGGUUCUGUUGUAGUUCUCUGUUUAUCUUCCAUAUUUUUUGAGCUUAGAGUAUUACCGGAUACCAGUUCUCGGAAAUAUGGUGACGUUUAACUGCUUAUCUGCCCUAGUUGUUGGAAAGAAGAAUAAAUCCAAGAAAACCAACAAAAAUUUGGAUGUAAAGAAAGGAGAAGCCAAUGUAAAGCCUCGAGUGAAGCCGAUUGAUCUUCCAUAUCAAUCAGAAGAGAACAAUGCGAGCAAGGAGGAGAUUUCUAGCCCCUUGUCCCCUAAACCAAAACCUACAAGUAAUGAGAACAUGAUCACCCGAGUUGAUUCAGGCGGAGCGGAUGCUGCCUACGAGGGAGGGGACGAGCAUGAUGAGGUCCUAUCAAUGAAGAGGGACUAUUCCGACCUUGAUCUCCAUGCCCAAGCCAAUUCCAUGGAUUCAAACCCUGAGUUUGUUCAGUUAAGACAUGAGUUGAUCGAGACUAAGUCUGAGAGAGAUGAGCCCAUCACUCCUGACCUAUUAAUGCAAUCCGGGCAUGUCAGUGACCCUGGAAUCAGCCGACCAACGGCCUUCUGUGGAUCACCUAGCCUAAAACGAUCAUGCUCAAAUAUUGAGACCAAGAGAACCAACCUCCAAAAUUUUGAUUCCCCAACAAAAUCUCAAUCCUACACCGAUCUUAAGAAUCUAUCCACUGGCGGAAAUUCUCUCUAUAGAAUCCAAAGCAGCCCUUUGUCAGCGAAAAGCAAUUGCAGUGCUGAUAGAGUGAUGCUAAAGAAGCGGUCGUCAAGCCAAGUUCUCCCUUCAAGAAGCCGCAAGGUUUGGUGGAAGCUCUUUCUUUGGAGCCACCGCAAUCUCCACAAGCCAUCAGACUUCUCCAAGCCACCGAUUCCGAGCCUGACAUUCCACCAGAAAGCGGGGUACUCCUCAGAUACUCUCGAGCCAUCUCAAACACCUUUGAAGGGGAAAAAUAAGGCAGUAAAGGAGUCUGGAAACCAGUGGGUUGCUUUUGCAAUGGACUCUUCUUCCCCAUUGGAUAGAAUCAAUGCUUGGGUUAAUAGCAUUGAUGAAACCGAGCUUGCCCCGAUACAUGAUAGUGAUGAUGGAGAGAUUGAGGAACAAAAGAAGGGAGAUUUUGAGAUUGGGGAGUCUUCAGGAAAGAAUCGCUCCUCUUAUGCAGGUCGCCGGACCAGUGAGGAGAUCAUGCAGGCUAACAAUGUGAUCCAGUCUUUAAGUUCCUUUUCAUCUGUGGCUCAUAUAUCAGGCAUGGGACUCAAGGUCAUUCCUUCAAUUUCAACCUUCUCUAGCCUUCGGACCAUCAACUUAUCGGGAAAUUUUAUAGGUCAAAUUAAUCCAGGGUCCCUCCCGAAGAGUCUUCACACUCUAGACUUGUCUAGAAACAAGAUUGCGACAAUAGAAGGGCUGAGGGAGCUGACAAGAUUACGGGUUCUCAACCUUAGCUAUAACAAGAUUUCACGUAUCGGUCAUGGACUGUCCAAUUGCAUUCUCAUCAAAGAACUCUACCUAGCCGGCAACAAGAUCAGCAACGUCGAAGGCCUCCAUCGCCUCCUCAAACUAACGGUCCUUGACCUGAGCUUCAACAAGUUAACAACAUCCAAAGCCCUAGGCCAGCUUGUCGCCAACUACAAUUCCCUUCUCGCUCUCAACCUCAUAGGAAACCCGAUCCAGGCCAACAUUGGCGAUGACCAACUACGAAAGGCCGUCACCAGUCUCUUACCUCACUUGACGUAUCUCAACAAGCAGCCGAUCAAGCCUAGUGUUGCUAGAGCUGCGUUAGGGAGCGGUAACGGAGGGAGGAGAAUGGCUAGGAGAAGAAGCCCGAGCUCAGGGACAGGAUCUUUGGUGAGGCGAGCAAGCCAGAGUUCAGCACUCGGGUCCCACACGAAGGGAAGCAGGAAUAGGGCCAAAGGGAGGCUCCAGCACUCGGUUACUUCUUCAAGGAAGUGAUAAGUAACUGGAAAAAAGGAAGAACAAAUAGAGUAAAAUG